GCCCCCAGCCGGCGGCGGCGGCGGCGGCGGCCCAGCGCGGCAGUCGGCGCUGCUAGCGGCGCGGAGGGCGCGACCGGCGGGCCGGGGUACGGGGCUGCGCGCUGCCUUCGAGGCUCUACUCCGCGCGCCAGGGCGCGGGUAAUACCGCGGGUCCCUCGGGCGGGUCCCGGGCUGCAGCGGCGGGAGUCGGGGGCCGCCCGCCGGGGCGCCGCGACCAUGGCCCUGCGCGCACGGGCGCUGUAUGACUUCAGGUCGGAGAACCCGGGCGAGAUCUCGCUGCGGGAGCACGAGGUGCUGAGCCUGUGCAGCGAGCAGGACAUCGAGGGCUGGCUCGAGGGCAUCAACAGCCGCGGCGACCGUGGCCUUUUCCCGGCCUCGUACGUGCAGGUGAUCCGUGCCCCCGAGCCCAGCCCGGCGGGCGACAGCGGCCCGGGCGCCCCCGCCCUCUACGCCAACGUGCCGCCCGGCGGCUUUGAGACCCUGCCCACCCCGCCGCCCGUCUCCUUCAAGCCGUCGCCGGACGCUUUCCAGCCGUUGCUGCAGCCGCAGCAGGCGCCACAGCCGAGCACCUUCCAGCCGCCGGGCGCGGGCUUCCAGUACCGCGGGGGCGCCCUGCAGCCGUCGCCUCAGCAGCUCUACGGAGGCGGCUACCAGGCCAGCCAGGGCAGCGACGAUGACUGGGACGACGAGUGGGACGACAGCUCCACCGUAGCUGAUGAGCCGGGCGCGCUGGGCAGCGGCGCUUACCCGGACCUCGACGGCUCAUCGUCCGGAGGCGUCGGUGCUGCCGGUCGCUACCGCCUGUCCACGCGCUCCGACCUGUCGCUGGGCUCCCGCGGUGGCUCGGCACCCCCGCAGCACCACGCGUCGGGGGCCAAGAGCUCAGCCACCGUGAGUCGCAACCUCAACCGCUUCUCCACCUUCGUGAAGUCCGGCGGGGAGGCCUUCGUGCUUGGGGAGGCGUCGGGCUUCGUGAAGGAUGGGGACAAAUUGUGUGUGGUGCUGGGGCCCUAUGGCCCUGAGUGGCAGGAGAACCCCUACCCCUUCCAGUGCACCAUCGACGACCCCACCAAGCAGACGAAGUUCAAAGGCAUGAAGAGCUACAUCUCCUACAAGCUGGUGCCCACGCAUACACAGGUGCCAGUUCACCGACGCUACAAGCACUUCGACUGGCUGUACGCACGCCUGGCAGAGAAGUUUCCCGUCAUCUCAGUGCCUCACCUGCCUGAGAAGCAGGCCACGGGCCGCUUCGAGGAGGAUUUCAUCUCCAAGCGCAGGAAAGGCCUGAUCUGGUGGAUGAACCACAUGGCCAGCCACCCGGUGCUGGCACAGUGUGACGUCUUCCAGCAUUUUCUGACGUGCCCCAGCAGCACCGAUGAGAAGGCCUGGAAACAGGGCAAGAGGAAGGCUGAGAAGGAUGAGAUGGUGGGCGCCAACUUCUUCCUGACCCUGAGCACGCCCCCUGCCGCCGCCCUCGACUUGCAGGAGGUGGAGAGCAAGAUCGAUGGCUUCAAGUGCUUCACGAAGAAGAUGGACGACAGCGCGCUGCAGCUCAAUCACACCGCCAACGAGUUUGCGCGCAAGCAGGUGACAGGCUUCAAGAAGGAGUAUCAGAAAGUGGGCCAGUCCUUCCGCGGCCUCAGCCAGGCCUUUGAGCUGGACCAGCAGGCCUUCUCGGCCGGUCUGAACCAGGCUAUUGCCUUCACCGGAGAUGCCUAUGACGCCAUCGGUGAGCUCUUCGCCGAGCAGCCCAGGCAGGACCUGGACCCCAUCAUGGACCUGUUAGCGCUUUAUCAGGGGCACCUGGCCAACUUCCCUGACAUCAUCCACGUUCAGAAAGGAGCUCUUACCAAAGUAAAAGAGAGUAGGCGGCACGUGGAAGAAGGGAAGAUGGAGGUCCAAAAGGCUGAUGGCAUUCAAGAUCGCUGUAACACUAUUUCUUUUGCCACUUUGGCUGAAAUUCAUCACUUCCAUCAGAUUCGAGUAAGAGACUUUAAAUCACAGAUGCAGCAUUUCUUACAACAACAAAUAAUAUUUUUUCAAAAAGUGACACAGAAAUUGGAAGAAGCUCUUCACAAAUAUGAUAGUGUUUAAUGAUUGGACAUUGGGUGUGCAAUUUUUUCAGUUCAAGAAUAAUUUCUACAGCAGAAUAAAAACUGCUAUCAAAGAGCUAUUGCCAACUAUCAGUGGUGGUACAAGGAUGGUUUUGUAUUCAACUGAAGCUCAGCUGAAUAUAUAAUUAUGUAGGAAAGAAACAGUUAAUAUGGUUAUAUAACAGAAACAGUACCACACAUUGUAACUAAAUUAUACUAUGUAUGCCUACACUACCAUUGUAACUUUUGGAAUAAUGAUUAUACUAUUUGCCUUAUUGCUUUUUGAAGUAUGGGUAUUUUAGUGCAUACUUUGUAGACCUCAAAACCCAUGAAGGGUCUCAAAGAAGCUGGCUGAAUAAAAGCCUGCUGUGGAUGCCUUUUUACUCUCAUAGAUUGGGAUCACCUAAAUUCAACCUGUUCUCUGUUUACAAACUCCAACUAGAGCAGCUAUGCGACUUUGUGCCUUUAGACUCUUGGUUUUUCAUUUCUCCACCCCUCCCCCCUUUUUAAGUAACCACAACUUUUCUGACUGAAAGAGUGAAAGGCAAGUGCAUAUAACAAAAAACUGCUGGUAACCCUCAUAUUGGCGCAGGGGUGGGGAGUGGGUGGAGGGGGAGGAUCAGCUGUCAUCAGCUGCACAGCAAGUUUAGUCUCCUGGUCUGUACAGGUGCACACAGUGGAGGGAGACCUGAUGUUCAUCUCUGGGUAGGAAGUCCUUUAGGGAAGAAAUGGUGCCACUCUGUUCCCUUAUGCUAUAGAAGCAUAGCCUCUUCACUCAAGUGUCCUGGAAGCUUGGCGUGGAAUUUAAAGAACAUGUCUUAUAACACAGAGAAGGAGUCUGAUCAGCUGGGGACACAAGCACAGAAUCAGUGACGACACACCGUUUUUAGUUCUUAGGAGGGUUAUACUUUUUUUUUUUUAGCUUGAAGAUUUUCUUUUAAUUGUGUUUUUUUUUUAAAUGGAUCUACACUGUUAACUGAGACUCCACUGUGAUUCACUCGUUUACUUAAUCGAAAACUUUCAGGGAUGUCUGUAAAAUUCAGUGUUAUAUGUGAUGAAAAGUAGUGUUGGUUGAUCUACAGAGGGACCAGAAAUAAUUUCUAUUAUUCCAAAUGCUGAAGGAAAAAAGUAAUUGUUUUUUUUUUAAUCAGUAUUGAUAAGCCCCCAGGACAUUUAAACUUAAAGUUAUUUUAAAUAUAUUCUUUUAUUUUAUAAAUACAAAUGACUGAUAAAUACCAAAAAGAUUCAAAGGCAGCUUAAUUUUAAAAGCACAAAGAGAUUCUGGCUCAAAAUCUCAAAAUCUCAAUUUUUUUUUAUAGUUGCUGAGCUACGUAAUGUGAUUUUUGAGUUUAUAAGAUUUAAAACUUGUCACUAAAAGGUUAAAGUAUUUACUGUUCUUAUGAAGUCAAACUUUUGCUGCCUCAGAAAUCCCUGGGUAUUGAAAUGGUAACACAGAAGUAAAGAGAUCACUGAAAUAUUGGUGAGUCACAUUGAUUAAAGAAAAGGGUCAAUGUGCAGGUAGUCAUGAAAAGAAAAGGUUAUUGAAAUAAUUACUCAAUAGCACAUUUACUCUAAAAAGUAAUCUCAUAUGGGUUGAAUUUUUAAGAUCAGAGUAUAAUUUUGAUCAUAAUUUUGUACUUUAGGUAACUUACAGUCAGAUACAAUAUCAUGUGGCUUUGUCUCUACUGCAGAUAUGCGAACUGUAACCAAAUAUAUUGUUCUCCAAAAAGUAACUUUCUCUUGUUGGUUGCAAAAUACAGUUCUAUAAACAAAACCGAGAUAUGUUCUAUAAAUAAAACCCAUAUAUAUAAAUGUUAAUGUUAUUGCAGAAGUUUGGAGAUUAUAAUUAUAGCAUAUAAAUUAAGUUUGAGUUUGCAUUGGACAAACACUAUGCUUUUCAAAUGAUUUGAAAAUCAGUUUUAUUUUUCUCUUUUGAUUUCUUUUUUUUUUUUUUUAAGUAAAAUCACUAAACUUGUGCAAUGGCAGCAUGGAAAUUAUCUGAGGUGUCUUGUAUGAUUGUGCUUUAACUGGGGAGGACAUAACUUAAAUUAUAAAAACUAAAGAUUAAAGUAUAAGGAAGUUUAAGUUAAUGCUGCCUUCUUAGAAUUUUUGUUCUUCAGAACUACAUAACCUUCUAAUGCCACUGAUUCAUAAGGGGUUUAAAAUUAAUUCUGGGUGGUAGGACACCAGAAUUAUUAGUGUUCAUUUUCAUCUAAGAUCUUUAUUUCUCUAACGUUCUUGGUCCUAUUGAAACAUUUCAGUAUACAAAAAUACUGUAAUGUUAAUACCCAAGAGAAAAGCCAUCAUAAUGUGUGUGCUGGUCAUUAUGAUCAGUGUGGUACAGUUUUUAAAAAUAAACUAUCAUGCCCUUCA